AUGGUAAAGAUCCUGUUUAUCAGUGAGAUCCAAAUCAGGAUCAUAUUCGGGCAUAUCACCUUUUUUGAGCAAAUCCAUGAUAUUUCCAAUGAUUGGGACAAGAGUCAGGAUCAUUAUUGUGAUGCAUCGCUGAUUAGGGAACUUCCACCACAUUGCGACUCCAACCCAAAUAGCCAAAACUGGACCGCGCCGGAAGGAGAUGAAUAUUCCAUGGUCUUAAACUCGUCGUAUCCGAAAUUGUUGAUCAUCAAACUAGCGAAUAUUACAGGACCCGAUGUAACAGUCACGCAGAAGCCAAAUAGAAAAGAGCUCCAUGUAGUCCAAUCAGUCAAGCAUUCUUUGGCCUGA